AUGGAGGUGCUCCACACAGCGGUGUGGGAGCUGCUGCGGGGGGCCGGCCAUGCCGCAGGCGCUGGUGUCAUAGCGUACUCAUCCUCGGCGGGCGUGAAGUGCCCCCCCUACGCGUGCUCGUGCGAGCCGCGCAUCACCUGCCCGGGCGGCCACAGCUCGGAGAGCACGGUGACCGGGCUCACGCUGCCGGGCACCCUCGCUCUGGCGGUGGUGUCAGCCGCGGCCGGCGCCUGCUGCGUCGUGCUGACGCUGCGCCACAGCGGCGCGGGCGCGCAGCUGGCCGUGGACCCACCGCCCGCCCCGGGCGUGUUCGUGACCCCGAUCGCGUCCCUGGAGGACAUCGGUACCAAGCAGUACCUUGCCAGCCUGGGGAUCUCGCCGGGCGACUUCAUCCUGGAGCGCUACGACAUCCCUGGGCCAGAGGUCUGGCACGAGCGCAUGGUGCUGAUCGCGUCGCCUCAUCGGACCGACCUCACGAUCCUGACCCCCGAUGGCGACUGCUACGAGGAGCAAUUGUUCGCGGCAGGGGCCCCUGGUGCCGACAUCGCGGCAUGGCUGCCGAGCAUCGGCGGUGCGAUGGGAGCCGGCAACCCAGCGACAGGAGCGUCCCACAUCCACCGCUUCCGCGCCGUGCCGGCUCCCGCCACCUGCGACGCCUUGCGCACGGCGGCCGAGGGCCGCCUCGGGCUCCCGCCAGGGCCGCGCGCGGUCCCCAACCUCGCCGGCCGCGCUGGCGUGGGGGCUCUCGGCGCGGGAGCGGGCGCGGCUGGCGCCGGCGCUCCCGCCGCGGGCGCGGUCGCAGGGGCCCCCGCUGCGGCUCUGCCAGCCGUCGCGCCCGGAGUGGCUCUGGGUGCCGGGCUUGGCGCCGGAGCGGCCGCGGGCGCUGCGCCUGCCGUGGGCGGCGUGCUGGUGGCGCCUCCAGUGGCCCCAGCGGUGGUUGCGGCGGCGCCGGCGCCCGCGGCGCCGAUGGCGGUCGCCGCCCCCGCGGCGCCAGGGGCUGGCGUCGGCGGGCUCGCCGGCCUCGCUGCCGUGCUCGGCGGCCCCCCGGCGGCAGCCCCCCCCCUGGCCGCCCCCGCCGCUGUGCCGGGGGCUGGGGGCGGCGCUGCCGUCGCGCCGGCCGCGCCAGCCGCCGCUGCCGACGUGCGCGUCCUCGCGGUGAGCUACGACGUGCUGGGGCAGCGACAUCGGGCUUUUCGGGAGGCGGCGCUGGCCAUGGUGGAGCACCCGUGGCCAGACUGGCCCGUGAAGGGCCCACGGACGUGUCGGUGGGUCUUCCGCUUCAUGGAGACCAACGGCGGGACACCGCUUGGGCGCCAUGCCCGAUGGCGCACCGAGGCCCGGCUGCACGCCUCGGAGUACGGCGUCGCCGAGCACGAGCGCGCGUGCAGGCUGAUCGAGUUCAUGACGAUCUACGACCAACUGAACGUGGUGGACUUGGCGUCGGGCGAGCUGCUUGCCCGCGUCGUGCAGCUCCACGAGGAGCGGUACCGCGAGCGGCUGGCGCCAGAGACGAAGGACGACAACCUGGACACGCAUCUGAUCCUGGGCUGUGACCUGGUCCGCGGGAACAUUUGCGUCUCGCCGCAGCUGGCGGAGCACCUGAAGGAGGAGCUCGCGAAGGAGUGGGCGGUGGAGCGCAGGAAGGCGCGCGAGGAGCGCGCGCUUGCGUCCAAGGGGAAGAAGGGCAACAAGAAGGGUGCUCCCAGCCCCCUGUCCACGCAGUUUUGUGGCAGCUCGCCGUCGGGCGGUCGCCAGCGUGACCAGCUCUUCCUGUUGCGCCCGCGGGGCCUGGGCGCGGCCGGUCUCGGAGAGCCUUUCGAAGGAUCGCCGCUGUACGAAUCUGGCGGCCCCACUCGUCCUUAUGCGAGGGACUCCGUCUCUUGGCCGAGCGCUGGACAGCACGCCGUGCCCCUGCAGGGCCUGCUUAUCACGUCGGACACUUCGUGGCUUGAGGACUGGCACUUGAACGCGCUACGACCCGCUGCAGAUGCUGUAUCCUUUCUUCGGGGGGCCUGCCCUCGGGGGCCGCGCUUGCGCCCGAUUUUGACUGGCUCGCCUUCUCUCUACUCCGACUUUUUGUCGCAGCUCUGGCGGCGCGAUAUGCUGACGUUCGUGGCCCACGACCCCUCCGUGAAGUGUUUGGGGGCCUUUUGCGUGGCCAAGAAGGACGGAUCACUUCGGCGCAUAUUCGGCACUCGGACGGCGACCUGCUACUUCACAGGCGCCCCGUCCUCGCGGCUCCCCACCGCCUCGGCGUUCUCAAACCUCGAGGGGGAGGGCGGCCGGUGCUUGGUUGCCGCCGGCGACGCCGCCAGCGCCGUUUACCAGAUGCGGAUGCCCUCUGGCCAGGAGCGCAACUUCCGGCCCCCGCCGAUCGACAGCUCCUUCCUUCGAGCCGCCGGCGUCCCCGACCUUCCUGAUGGGGCGGUGCAGGGCUGCAUCGCCGUCGCGCCGAUGGGCUCCUCGUGGUCCAUGCACCUGUGCCAGCGCGCGCUGAGGGCCGCGAUCGACCGUGCCGGGGUGCCCAGCUCCUUGACCAUAGAGGACGGGCGGCCGGCGGUGUCGCUCUCUCAGCCGACGGACGUCGGGAGCGCGGGGUGCGUGGACAACUACCUGGCCGUCGGUGCGAACACCAUCCGCGUCGACGCUGUGGUCGACCAGGUCUUUGAGCCGCUCCAGUGCGUCGGGAUCCACGUCCGCGACGCCGAGCGCGCGUCCGGCGACUGCGCCUUCCUCGGCCUAGAGCUGCGCGCCGGGCGGCGGCUCUCCGUCAAGGGGCGGAACGUUUGGCGCUUGCGGUAUGCCGCCGAGGAGGUCCUGCGCCGCACGAAGGUGUCGGGCCACCCCCUUCGGAUUCUCCCGGGGCACAUCACGUGGACGUCCCUCUUUCGGCGAGAAGCCCUGGCCCUCCUCAACUCGGCCUACGCCUCCGUCGAGGUGAACGACGCUGCCAUCCAGGAGCUCUGGCCCGCGGUCUGCGGGCGCUGUGGCGGGUGCGGUGUCUCCUGCCGCUGCUGGCGUGCGACCUGUCGGCCCCCUGGGGCAGCCGCGUCGCGUGCUCGGGCGCCAGCGGGCUCGGGCUGGGCGUGUGCCGCCGCCGGGCGCCGCGCUCUGAGAUGGCUCGGAUCGGGCGCCUCGGCGGGCGGUGGCGCUACGUCGCUGGCUGCGGCGCUGGUCGAGAGCUUCGCACCCUGCGGCGCGCUGAGCCUCCUGGAGCUGGCUGCCGCCCGCCCGGUGACGCAGGCGCGAUACCUCACGCUCCUCAGCGUCUUCCUGGCCUUCUGCUCGGCCUUCCGCCUGGACUGGAGCUCGAUGGCGGAGCCCGACGGGGCGACCACGGCAUACUGGAACCGCGUGCUCCUCAAUGCCGGGGUCCCCGGCAUGGGCGCCCCGUCCUCAGCUGCGCCGGCCCGCUUCACGCCGGGCUUGGUGGGGGUCUGGGGGCUCAUGCCGGGCGAGCCGAACCUGCGGGACGCGUCGAUGCAUUUCGACUUGGGCCCAGUCGUGCUGACGACCUUUGCCGCGCUGAUGGCGGUCGCCGUCGCCACGCAGUCGCUCUGGGCCCUUGCCGUGAUGCAGGGCUGGGCGGUGUUCAGCCGGUGCGCCGACGCCCUCAAGCAGGGCCCGCACGGCCCGACCCCGUACUCCCUGAGGCACAGGGGCGCGUCGCACGACACCCUGGCGCUGCGACGCCCCCUCGAGGGCGCCCAGCGCCAUGGCCAGUGGGCGGUGCCGCCGAGCAGGAAGAGGUACGCCAAGGAGACGCACCUCCUGGCCCAGCUGGCACAGGUCCUGUGCUGGGCCCUUCACCUCGAGACGGUGGUGGAGGAGCACUCCGCGCGGAUCCUCGAGCACUGCUUCGACGCGGAGGCGCUCCAGACGUUGCUGGGGCCCGCGGCGGCGCGCAGGGGGCCCGCCCGGCUGACCGCCGCGGCCGUGCCCUUGCUGCGCCUGCUCGCAACUCAGCUGCGCCUCGCCACGCGGCGGCGGCACCAGGCCUUCCUGGAGCUCUUCGCCGGCUGCGGCCGCGUGUCGGCCGAACUCAGGGCCCUCGGGCGUGGCUGUGUCGCGCUGGACCUGGCCAGCGGUGCCGACGGGAACCAUCUCGGCCGGCACUUCGAGCUCAUGAUUGCGGGGUGGCUGGAGGCCGGCAUCGUCGCGGGCAUCUUCCUCGGCACUCCCUGCGCUACCUGGUCUCGUGCGAACCGUUUCCCUAUUCGAUCGACUGAAUCUCCCAUGAGCAUCCCUGUCCUCGCGACCGCGCAGCAGGCGCGGCUACAGCUGUGUAGUGACACGUUCAACUUUAGUUGCCGCAUCAUAUCGCUUUGUAAGGCUCUAG